CCUUGCACCCAAUGACUACUCAGUAAAAUAUUUAUACUUAAUGACUACUCAGUAAAAUAUAUUUAUGGUAGAAAUAUAUUAAAUUCUUAUAAUAUAUUUUUAAUGAGUAAAAAUGUAUGUUAUUUUAAGUAUGAAUGUUCAUUUAUUUUAUUUAAUGCCAUUCACUUAGUUUCACAUGGCUCCAUGUAUCCCCUUGCACCCAACAAUAUCACUUAUUUUUUAAUUGAAAUCAGGAACUUGAACUUGAAACAGGAACUUUGCUCGGCUGCUCGGUUAGUUAAUCAGGAACUUGGAGCCAUAAAAAAUAAAAAGCUCGGUUGCUCGGUUGAAGUACAACAGUUAUGAACAAUAUCACUAUUUUUGGUCAAGUGGAUGGGGACUUACACCGAACCGUUCGAUUUCUUCAAGAAAGAAAUGUUAACGUUGUUAUUCGGGAUGAGCGUGACCUUAAUACGGUUCGCAUUCAUGAGGCAAAGGCAAAGGAAAAAGACAAAGCAAUAUCAAAGGAAACAAAAAAAGCUAUUCCUUAUGGCAAAGGAAAGGAAAAUGCACAUCCCAUGGCACAUAAUGAUAAUGUGUUAUCAAAAGCUGCAUUGGCCCAACGUGCACGGCGAGAACGUGAAAAAAAUCAAAAGCCAUGUUCUGCAUACCAAUUGGGACAACGCCUGCGACGAGAACGAGAAAGAGAAAGAUCAAAGGAAUGUAUUAACCCAAGACAACCUUCUUUAACACCAAAUUGGCCUCCUCCUACAACUCCAUGUAGAAAUGUUGGUGUGGUCAUCCGUGAUGAGCACGACCUUAAUGUUAUCCGUGUUCGUGCGGCAAAAGAUAAAGAAAAGGUCAACCCAAUGUCUAAAGGAAAAGAAAAGAUGGCUCAUUCCGGCAAGAGAAUGACAAAUGCAUGUCAAGUGGUAUAUAUUCUUUUUUAAAAAUAUGAUGCAAAACUAAUCA